CGGUGCUUCGGAUUGCACAGAUUUUAAUUCUCAAUUGGCGGUCUUUUGCUGCUGUUAUUUUGUUUAAUUGUGAAUUCUUCAAGCGAAAUGCUGCGCCAUAUGACACUUGAGUCCGUCCGAGAGCUCUGUCGCACCUGUCUGCUCCAAUUGGACAAAGAACCCAUUAAAAAGGAGUUCAUACCAGAUGAGAUUCCAAUCAGCAAGGAGCUGCAACAGCUGCUCAAUAUCAACCCCUCCGAAGAUUCGGCUAAUCAGGAUAUGGAGCAAUGCCUGCCCAUCAAAAUGUGCCUGGAAUGCAGAGAGCUUGUUCAAAACUUCGAGAGGUUCCGUAGAAAAGCAGAGGAAUGCAGGCAGCAUCUUCUGGAAAUGCUAAAAAAAGAAAAGAACAUUCAGGAACCCACUUUCGAGGUGGUUUAUGGCGACAGAGAGGAGGACCUUAGAUCCCUGCAUAGCUUGGAACCACCUGAACCCGAACCCGAUCCAGAUCCCAUCGAUGAACCCUCCGAAAAGCCGGAAAAACCGCCCAGAAAGUACUCCAGGGGCUCGAAGAACAGUCUGAAGUGCUCCUUGUGCCAGCACAGUUUUGCCCACCAGAUCACCUUAGCGGCGCACAUCCGCAAGGUACAUGAGGGCAGCAAGCGACCCUUCCAAUGCAAUCAAUGCGAGAAGGCCUACAGUUUCAUGGGUGGUUUGUAUACCCACAUUAGGGAGGUGCACGCUCCCAAGGAGCGACGUCAUCCCUGCGAUCAGCCAGGCUGCGAGAGGGUCUACACCAGCCGCAUCGCCAUGCAGAAGCAUAAAAGACUGAAGCACAGUCCCAGAGACAGGGACUCGGCGAAAAAGUUCAUCUGCGAGCAGUGCGGUGCCAGCUUUAAUCAGUCGGCCAAUCUCAAGUACCAUCUGAAAACGAAACAUCCGACGGAAGACGAGAUGGCCGCCAAGGAGAGCGGCGCCGGGGAGCGUCACUUCUGUGAUAUCUGCCAAAAGGAGUUCCAUUCGCGGUAUACCCUCAGGUACCACACAUUGCAGCAGCACGAAGGACAGAAGGAUCUGCCUCAUGAAUGCAAAGUUUGUGGUCGCCGGAUGGCCAAGAAGUUCAUGCUACUGCAACACAUGCUGAUGCACUCCAGUGACAAGUUGCCCUGCGAGCACUGCGGCAGGAGAUUCGCCCGGAGAUUCGAACUGGAGGCCCACGUGAGAGCGGUUCAUCUGAAGCUCAAGCCCUUCGCUUGUCGACACUGUCCAGAGAGCUUUGCUUCGAGGAAAACGCUGAGACACCACGAGUACAUUCACACGGGAGAAAAACCUUACGUUUGCAGCACCUGCGGACAAGCAUUUCGCCAGCAGACGUGCCUCAAAAACCACCAAAAGGUGCACGAGAAAUAGUCUCAUCUAGCUUAAGACAGGCUACUCUUAUAAAUACAGUGAUUAAGUCGAA